GUUUGCUUUUUAUCUUUGUUCUGUAUGCAGAUGCUGCUAUGAGGAAAGAAGUCAGCAAUGACUGAUGUGGAGCCUGUGGUCACAGAUUUUGCAGCCUCGGGAAGGGCAGGACGCCGGAACGCCCUGCCGGAUAUUCUGGGCUCUCCUGCUGGUGCAGGGACUUCAGACCUGCCGCACAAGCUGGCCGAGCUCUCCGUUUCAGAAGAUGAAGGAGCAGAGGGUGGAGAGGUAUCGCCAUCCAAAGCAUCGCUGGAAAGUCAAGAGUCAGGAGGAAAGAGCAGUGAUUCCUAACACCUAAGGACUUGCUGGAUUAAUGAAACCCAUCAGCAGACUUUCUAGAGUUUCUCCGUAUCACCAGUUCUGAAGUGUGGUAGCAACACAGAAAA